GUCACGCCCAACGCCCGGAAAAGGGAGCCGGGGCCAAGCUGCCUCGUCGCCGCCCCCAGCCAGCGCGGCGGCGCCGGAUCCUAAGCCUGACCUCGGGAGGCGCGCGGAGGAGGCCGGGGACAGCCAUGCGGCGAAGCAGCGGCAGCCCGGCGCGCUCGGCCCCUGCCCGGCCCGCGCGUGGGCAGCGCGGAGGGGCGCGCGCGCGCGCGAGGAGGCGGCGUUUUCCUUCGCCGCUGCCGCUUUUCUGGUCCGAGGCAAGAGCCGCCUGCCGCCCCCGACGCCUCCCACGCGCGGCACCAGCACCACCAGCAGCAGCAGCAGCUCCGAGCCGCCGCGGCUCCAUUGUAAAUCCGGCGGCGUGGGAGGCGAUUCCGCGCCAGAGGCUCCGCGCCGAGGCGAGGAGGAGGAGGAGGAGGAAGGAGAGGGGGGCCGAGGCGCGGCCAGGGACGGAGGCGGAGAGCCACCCCGGCGGACAGGCGCCACCCGACGCCCGGCGCGCACUCGCCUCUCGCCCAGAAGAGGAGGAAGGCGCCGCCGCCAGCGAGGCUCGAAGGGCCCGGGGUCCAUGCCCCACCCCCCCGCCCCCCGGGACGCCUGCCAAGGAAGCCGGCAGCCCCUCGAGGUCGCGGCCAGGACGGAGCGCGCGCAAAAGCCUCUGGCUAUGGCCCUGUCCCUGCCUCGUACCCUGGGCGAACUCCAGCUGUAUCGUGUUCUGCAAAGAGCCAACCUCCUCUCCUACUAUGAGACCUUCAUCCAGCAGGGCGGCGACGAUGUGCAGCAGCUGUGUGAGGCAGGCGAGGAGGAGUUCCUGGAGAUCAUGGCCCUGGUUGGCAUGGCAACCAAACCGCUCCAUGUCCGGCGCCUGCAGAAGGCCUUGCGGGAGUGGGCCACCAACCCAGGGCUCUUCAACCAGCCAGUGCCUUCCAUACCUGUGAGCAGCAUCCCUCUGUUCAAGAUCUCUGAGUCUGGGGGCCGCAAGUCCCUGACCAACGGGCACACCAGCCCCGGAGAGACCCUCAGCAGAGCCAGCGCUACCUCCCCCGCCAAGAGCCCCUCGGAUCCAAGAGAGAAGCUGUCCCCCUUGCCGGCAAUUCAGUGGGGCAAUCCAGAAUCGGAAGAGGAAGGAGGAGCCUCCUCGCCCAGCGAGCACCCCUCAUCCGCAGAGCACCUGGAUCCAGAGCUGGCACAGGCGGUCUCGGAGGGUGUGGACCGACUGCUGCGCAGCUGCCCCCGUGGCGGCGAGACCGAGCUGAGGACCCUCAUGAAGCUGAACAAGAAGCUGGCCAAAGCAGUGGGGCACAUCUUCCGGAUGGACAGCGGGGACCCUCGCAAAGAGGAAGAGAUCCGGCGCCACAGCGCCAUUUACGGACGAGGCGAGACCCGGCGAUGCGAGGGCAAGCAGCUCACGCUUCAUGAGCUCACCAUCAACGAGGCCGCUGCUCAGUUCUGCCUGCGAGACAAUUCCCUGCUGCUGCGAAGGGUGGAACUCUUCUCACUGUCACGCCAGGUGGCCCGGGAGAGCAGCUACCUGUCCUCACUUAAGGGAUCCAGGCUGCAUCCGGAUGAGAGCGGUUCUGGGCAAGCCAAGCGCUUCAAGCAGGAGGUUGCUGAGCACAGCCGUCCUGAACUUCCCUUGGUCUGCGAACCCUUCCUUCCUCAGUACCGGUCCAGCGUGGAGGAAGACACAGCCAGCUUGUCAGGGGAAAGCUUAGAUGGACACCCACAGGCAACCGGAUCCUGUCCUCGGCUUACACCACCCCCCAACGCUGCCCCUGACACACUUCUGAGCCUCCCGCCCCAUGGACUAUGGAGUCGUCAUAUCCUGCAGCAGACUUUGAUGGAUGAAGGGCUGCGUCUGGCCCGGCUGGUGUCGCACGAGCGGGUUGGACGGCUCAGCCCCUGCCUGCCAGGGAAGCCCCCAAGCCAAGAGUUUGGGGAAAAUCUUUCUGAGCGGUGCCAGCCCCCAGCAGCACAGGCCGAAGCUAGAAGAAACAGCAUCAAGGUGGAACCGGAUACCAGCCGGCAAUGAGCAGCAGGUGGCUUGAGGCUCAGUCGCCAAGCAAUAACAUGCCAACCAGCUCUGAACAUCAGACUCUGGCAGGGGAGAGGGGCGCAAUUCUCCCCAUCACCACAAGGAGGCGUGCUUGGUUUCCUCAACAGAGCAAGGCUACCAUAUUAGCACAACACGUUUUAUUACUCCUGGUUCUCGUCACAAAAUGGAGAACCUGCCUCUCCCCCUCCCUAUUAACUAUGUAAGAUGUUGGGGGCCAUCCUCACUACAGGCGAUAGCCAUGAGCUCAGGGAGACCCAAUCUGUGGCUGGCUUUGCCCUGUGAAAGGCUGCUGGAAAGUCAGCCUCACCCAUUGCCUUUCACCUCUCAUGAAGCCUGGAACUCUGGGGUACAUAGCCAUAAAAACACAAAACCCCACACCAAUACACUUUAUGCCCCGAACAAAAAGCUGAUUCGAUUUCUCAGACACAAGCAUUGAUUAUUUUUCUGCAUCCAAAUUUCUUAUGAUAACGCACUGACUUACACUUGCAUCCCAUACGUGUACAUACAACACAUUCUCUCCAUUGUCCUUCUCUCUCUCUCACUCACACACACACACACACACACACACACACUCUGCCUUGCAUAUGGACAAGUGGCAGACAUGAUAUUCCUUACAUUAUUGUGUAUCGGUUGUCACACUUUCAAUUGUAGAUUGCGUAUACAAUGCUCAAAAUAGCUCCAGCAUCAUUACCUCCCUUGGUCUUGACCUUAUUCUGGUGUUUAUAGUCACCAAUGGUACUGAUUCACUGCUCAGUCGUGUUUUGGAAUCCUGAGAGGUAUUUGCUUCCAUGCCUGCCUGAGGGAAUCUGUCUGAGAAUUUGACCAAUUAAACAACAUGGAUCUAUUUAGUGACUGCCAUUAGUUUUUGGGGCAUGCUGGUGAAAUUUACAGUUCCAUCCUGUUCCAGCAGCAGAUUUGUUUUUUAAUUUCUUAUUUUACUAAACUUGUGUAGUUGCAGGAAUUAGAAUUGACUUUUGAAAAAGGCUUACCACGCCCACCCCAAUUUUAUGUGAUCUGCAGUAGCGCCCUAAAGGGAGAGGAAAUACAAGUGAGUCUUCUCUCUGUUGGAUCCAGAAGGAGCAUCAGGCUCACUCCUUCACUGGGAGCAGCUUGUUCUCCCAGCCGCCGCUUUCCUGGCAAUCAGUUCAUACUCUUGGGGGCUCAUCUAAUGCUUUUGCUCCUUGCAAGGAAGAGAAGCCAGUGGCCUCAAGACCAAGAGGUGUUGUUGUACGAGACAGGACAACUCAGAACCAGUGUUUCCUCUGGUACUUCAAGGGGAACGUGAUGAUUUGAAUGCCCCUGAGUUGCUGUGUGGAUCUUCCAUCUUGGAGCAGCUGCAUGUAGGCAAGAAACUGGUGCACAAUUGCAUUUUUAAAUUGGUAUAACCCGCGCUGGGACCUUAUGGCAAAGGCAGAGUAAGAAAUUGAAUAAAUUAUAAUAUUCUAGCAAAAGGCAGCCAUAGAGAAACAGGUAAAGGCAGAAGGCCCCAAGUGCAUACACUGAAAAUGCCACCUAUUUAUUUGAGGUUCCCACUUGUGGUUUAAUUUUCAGUUAGUUCUGGAAGUUCUGUAGUAGUUUACCAUUGUACCACUUGGAAUCUUUCAAUGGGAGAUAGGACACAUUUCUAGUAGAGCUCAACCACUUCCGGGGCAGAGGAUUGAUUAUAGUGACCUUUAAGGAGGCCAGGAGUGCAUGAACUGUACAGCUGCCAUAAGGAAAGAUAGUAAUUGUUCAGCCUCAAUCCUGCAUUGUGUUGUGGGUCAGAUAAGCCAGAGCUAAUCCCUCCUUUGGGCUUUCUUGAAUGCAGCCCCAUCUCCCUUCUCCAUGUGAACGGAGCAGAGGGGAAGGGCUGCAACAGGAAACGAGGAGGGAAGGGGGACACCUCCCUAAGGUUCUGGGGUGGGGGUGGGGAAUCUAUCACAUGUGGCAUUCUGCUUAAGUAGACCUACUGAAAUUAAUGGGCCUAACUUAGACACGUUCAUGGAUUUCAGUGAGUCUGUAGUCUGGGGUGGCUUGAAGAAAAGGCAACAUAGUCCAUUUCUGCAGUGCAAGGGAAUAUGGUGUUGCCAAGGGAAAUGGAUCCUCUGGAUCUCCACAUGUUGCUGAGCUGUAAUUCCUGUCACCCCUGGCCAUUGUUCAUACUGGCUGGGGCUGAUGGGAGUUGUAAUCCAACCACAUCUGGAGGAUGCCUGGCUCCUCAUGCCUGGCAUAACCACUGCUUGUCAGGAUGGAGAAAAAAGAACAGUGACUGCUCUGUAUUUUGCUGACGAUUUAAGCUAAUUGUACUGUAGUGAGGUUUUGUUUGGACAUACAGGUGCAAAACAUGGAUUGUCCAAGGAAGGCCAUGAAAUCCUGUUGAGGCAAACAUUAGCAGCCACAGGCUCUUGCUUCCGGUUCCUCAUCUUGUCCCAUAGAGCCUUGGUGUCUUUUUAGAGAAAAUUAGCACCCUUUCCUUUGUAAUGUGUACAGUAGAUUAUUUAUUUUGUUAUUUUGGAAUAAAGUCUUAUUUUACGGCUUA